AUGCGGCACGUGCCCCGCUUGCAGCUCAGAGCAGCAUUGGCGGCAUCGGCAUCUCACAGAGCUGGCUUGUCAAUUGCAGGCCGACGUUGCCAGACUACAUCUUCAAAAGCCUCCUUGCUGGAGCACCAGCAUCUCAUAGGGGAUAACUCUACCGGCCUCACGAGCUAUGAAGCUGCUGAAGAUGUCCAGGAGGAGCAUCGAGCCAGAUUUCUGACCUGGAAGGGACUCCCUGAGAAGUCGAGAACACAAGGUGAUUGUCCUCGGCCUCAGCUCAUCUCAUUCGAGUCUACGCCGACCUUUACUCUUGGUCGUCGACAAGAUGAUCUUAUUCCGGAGCAAAGGUUCCAUCUGGAACAGCCGCUGGACGUCCAUCUCCUUCAGCGACCUCAGCCCAUCGAAGGGCUCUUUUAUCCUCAGGUGAAAAAGACGAACCGCGGAGGCCUCACUACUUACCAUGGCCCUGGUCAACUAGUUCUUUGGCCCGUAUUGGAUAUGCACUCUCCUCUGUAUCCCAAGUAUAGUGUCUCCUCGUUUGCUAGCCACCUAGAGGCAACCACGCAGCGCUUUCUUUCUGAGCUUUUCGAUAUCCAAACAUACACCAACCGCGAUGAGCCCGGCGUUUGGGUUCAAGAGUCGUCAGGCCCGCCUCGUAAGAUUGCAGCUCUCGGAGUCCAUCACCGGCGGUAUGUCACGGCACUUGGCACAGCCAUCAACAUCGAUGUCUCCGUCAAGGGUUUAGAACGUUUGAAUCCGUGGGCUCGGUUCGUUCCGUGCGGGCUCGAAGGAAAGCUGGCAACUUCUGUAGUAGCUGAGCUUGGUAGUGCUGCUCAAGGCAUGUCCUUUGACUUAUUCGAAUUGGCACAACAUUGGGCUACCAUAUUUGAACAAGGGUUGAAAGAUGCAUCAAAGCGAGGUGCCGAUCUGGGACGAUAA